AUGGGUCACGAUUGUGCAACGAUGCAAGUUGGGUUUAAGAACUUGCAGGUUAAUCUACUAAUCAAAUCGUCAACUCUCAAGGCUCAAAUCUGUAUGGACAGAUUUGAAGAGUUGUUGGGUGAAAGGUUAGUCUCAAGGAUAAGGAUUAUACUCUCAAAGGAUUUGAGAGUCUCACCAGUAAAAGUUCCAGGAGAGAAACAAAGAAACAAAGUGAAAAGGAAUGUUUCUGGUUCUUGUGGCUCUGGUCAAAGAGUUAAAGAAGAAGAGGAUUGGCUAGUUAGAGUAAGAAUCGCUCAUGUAGACUGGAUGUUAUUUCUGCUUGGUAAAUCUCAAGCCAGGAUGGGAACCACGGGCAAUCCCAAAACGCUUAUUGCAUUUGAAAACAGAGCAGAAAGCUUGAAGAUCAGUCCUGUGCCACCGAUGUUGAAGACCUGCCAGCCGCUAGCUAAAAGCCCCACCACGGUAACACAACUGGUCACUAGACUUACAUAG